AUGUCUUUCCCUAUUCAGACCGCAGUUCGCAGCUGUCGAUACCUCUCCGGCUCUGUCCGCCCGUCCCUGCGCAUUGCGACUACAUAUCUGCCUACAGCAUGCACACCCACCAGUCGACGAUGGGAGUCGACCGAUGCUGCCACUGCUACCCCAUCAAACCCCAAGAUCACACAGAUUGUCGACCAAAUCAGCCAAUUGACCCUGCUUGAGACCGCGGACCUUGUAUCAAGCUUGAAGACCCGCUUGAACAUUCCCGAUCUCCCCGUUGGUGGCUUCGCCAUGGCCGCCGGCGGUGCUCCUGGUGCUGCUGCUGCUCCUGUCGAAGAAGAAGAGGCUGCCCCAGCUGCUGCUGAGAAGACUCUGUUCAACCUGAAGCUGGAGUCUUUCGAGGCCACCUCCAAGCCCAAGGUCAUCAAGGAGAUCAAGAACAUGCUUGGUCUGUCGCUGGUGGACAGCAAAAAAUUCGUGGAGUCUGUGCCAAAGGUCAUGAAGGAGUCUGUUCCUAAGGAAGAGGCUGAGAAGAUCGUCGAAACUCUCAAGGGUCUUGGUGCCAAGGUCGUCAUGGAGUAA